AUGGUGAACCUCCACGACUCCCUCAAAGCUCUUGCCCCCUGCAAGUUCCAGGAUAUCCCCCAGAAGCAUGAAGAGCUAGAUCCCUUCUUGUCCGAUCUCUUCUCCCAAGUCCAGACGAUAGUCGAGAGCAUACCCAUUCCUGAUCCCGAUCCCACUCACCGACAUCGUUCACAUACCACGGGCUCUAUCACCGCAAGCAAUGCCUCCGAAAUGUUUGUCUCGUCUGCGCGGAGUCCUCCUCCAGCCCCAGAAUACGCAGCUCUACAACAUGAGUGGGGGAAGCCGAUAAAGCUCGCGGCGAAAGAAAAUCCAUUGGGUAUAGCUGUCUACAAAUUGUCUAGCAAGGACGGAAAAGGUUCGUGGUUUGCUCGCAGGAGUGUGCAUGAAGGGCUCGGCUUUAAUCGCUUUAAGCGCGGGUUUGAGCGGGAGUUUCCUACUUCGCUUGCAGUUCAAGGCAAACCUGGUGAAGGGAAUGUUAGAGGUAUCGGCGCAGAAACCAGGGUCGAGGAAAUCACGGUGCCAAAUCGUGGAAAGAUCGAAGUAUAUCGACUCAGUGCCCAAUUCCCAGGACCUACCACUCCGCGUGAUUUCGUCACUCUCUUGGUCACCUCGUCCAAGGCAAUUAAACACCAUGGAGACUCUCAUAAAGCGCCUGAUCUGGUUCCGCGGCACUAUAUGAUCAUUUCUAAACCCUGCGACCAUCCCGAGACGCAGCCUCAAAAUGGCUUCAUCCGAGGCCAGUAUGAAUCGGUAGAAUUCAUCCGCGAGGUCCCCAGAAGGCUCAAAUCCACCAUGUCAUCGACAGACCUGAAUCACUUCAACCACCACCGAGUCCCUUCUCCAUCGCUUGAGAAAGAUGUACUAAGACACAAUGCAGAGAAGCACGCAGCGGAUGCUGACCCGCAUCACCAGGACGACCAUAGGCAUUUGAGGGUCAAUACCAACGGCUCAGGACUCAGAGAUAUGUCCCCCGGAAGCAGAAAGAGGAGUGUUACGGUUGAUGCACCGGGGAGUCCCAUCAAAACCCCUGACCCUGCUGAGCCCUUUGAUCCGGAAGAGAACCCUGUUGAAUGGAUUAUGGUCACUCGAAGCGACCCAGGGGGCAGCGUGCCGCGAUUCAUGGUCGAGAGAGGCACCCCUGCGAGCAUCUGCGCAGACGCUCUGAAGUUCUUGGAUUGGGCAUGUCAAAGAGAAGACGAGGAGGAGGAUACUGACAGGCCCGAACAACGACCAUUCGGCGGGCGGCGUGAAAGCUUUGCCAGCUGGGAAGCUAACGGCACCCUUGCCGGGAUCAGAGAACACGAAGAGAGUCUGCAGGCCAUUGGAGAGUCACAACCAGGUACACCCAAAGCGUCCGCUGCUCAUGACGGCACAGUUGAAUCCCCGCCGGAUACGCCCGCGUCGUCGUCCAGCUUGUUGGAUACUGUGACGGAAGCCAUUAGCUCAUACACUCCGCAGACAGUUCGCGAACACCUUCCUCAAAUCGGGAACCACGAAGUCAAGGACCAGCAAGAGAUUACCAAGGAAGACAUACAGCAAGGGGAGAAUCCGGAUGGCGACGAUGAUGACGCGUCCACUAUUUCGACCACUUCAUUUGCCUCGGCGGAUUCGCACCUGACGUCCGAGGAAUCUCCCUCAAUUUCUUCCAAGUCCCUUUCAGAGCAGACGGAAAGUCAACUGCUCCAGCAGCAUGACAAAGAAAUGACCAAACUCUCGGAACGCAAGGCUGCCGUAGACGCCAAAUUUGCAAAGCAACGUGAAAAGCUAUCGAGCCGAGCGAAUAAAGACACAGAGAAAGAACAACUCGCUCUCAAGAAGGCCGAGGAGAAACAUCAGCGUGAACUUAAGAAGCACGAAGAGAGGUACCAGAAAGAAGUGGCCAAAUUAGAGCAAAAAAGAAAGAAGGAGGCGAAGAAACUGGACGAGAAGAAGCGCAAACAGACCGACAAGGAUGAAAAGUCACGUCUGACUAGAGAACGGGACGAGGCAAGAGCCGAGCUGGAGCUGCUGAAAAAGGAGCAAGAAUUGCUUACCCGCCAGAUCGGGGAACUGCAGAGAGAGAACACCACUCUGACAGCUCGGAUCGGGAAACUCGAGGGAAGCGGAGUGUCAAUCGACAGUCCGAGCAGCCCCACCAGCAGGUUCAGGGCAAUGACGAUAGGACACGAGAGUCGCGGAAGGAGUUCGAGUCUGAUGAAUAGGAAGAAGGACAAGGAAGACGCAAGCAGCCAGCACUCAUGA